GGGAACUCGGCCCGGCACUCGGGGCACGAGACGUGAGACUGCCGGCUGUCCCAGAACUGGGUGAUGCAGGGCUGGCAGUAGCUGUGCCCGCAGUCCAGGGUGAUAGCAUCGGCGAGGAGCUCGAUGCAGAUGGGGCACAAAUUCUCUGUUUGGAUAUCAAUGCUGGAUGCACUUGUGACCCUGAAGGAAAGACAGAGAGAUUUGAAAAGCCAUUUGGAGUGGCUGAAAGAUCCAGAGCAACACAUGCACAGAUAAAGUCGUCCAUAAUUCUUACUCCCUAAUAAUUGGUUACGCGUUGGGGUGUUUUAUUGUGAUUGGUUUGGAAGGAGUUAGGGGGUGGGGUUUGUACAGAUCAGGAAGUUUGUGAAGUUUGAAAAGUUCUUAGUUCCCGGAAAUGUUGUUCACUAUGACCGCUGUGGGAUUCGUCACUCCACCCUCGGGGCGAUUAUAUCCCUCCGGAAUCUCGGGUUGGUCCAGCCACGUGUGGGAAGCCUUGGCCGUGGGGAUAAUAGCUGUCAGCGUGACCUCUUGGAUAGCUUAUCGGAAAGGGAGGUUUGAUGGCCCUAGGUCAGAUCGCAGAGGCAGCCUGCCAGUGGAAGUGUUGCUGCAGGUGGUCAUUCUUGCAGGAGCCGUGUUUGCCUCGUAUUUGAAUGGCUCCCAACGAGGCCUGUUUACUGUGAAAGGGCCAGAUUACCCCGCUGUGGCCCAUGUAGGUGACGACGUGGUACUCAACUGUUUGGUGGUACCCUUCAGACAGGAUGAGAAGCUGCAAAUAGAAUGGAGGAAUCUGGACUCUGGAGCUACAGUCCUGAAAUGUCUGGAUGAUCAGAAAGGGCCAUGUCCAUCCCACAGGGAUGGAUCCCACCUCUUUGAAGACCAGCUGGCGGCUGGAAACGUGUCGAUCAAACUGCUGGAGGUGAAGGGGUCUGACGCUGGGAGGUAUCGGUGCACUGUCAGCUCCAACAGCCAUUCCAGCCACGUGGAAAUGGGGCUCAGCAUUAUUGCCUUUGGGAUGAAGCCGACUUUGUCGAUAAUGGAGUUCAACGAGAGCAGUGUCCUUUACGUUUGCCAGUCCAAGGGCUGGUACCCCGAACCCGACGUUACCUGGAAAGACAGCUCAGGGAACAGCCUGGUGCCACUGUCGACAGUAACCAAAACAAGAGAUGAGCAGGGACUGUAUAACGUGGAUAUCCAAUAUCAGGCAACAGAUGGCAUUUCACCCUCUGUGACCUGCAUCAUCAGCAACAGACUGCAAAAUGUAAAGAAGGUGACGACUGCACGAGUAGUAGAUUUUCUUCCGCACUCUCAGUUCCGUGUGAGUGAAGCCGAAUGGAGCAGGAUUCACAGUUGCUCAGUUUCUUUGACACUGGAUCCAGACACAGCGAAUCCCUGGCUCGUCCUGUCAGAGGGGGGGGCUAGCGUGUCAGACAGUAACACCCGGCAGCAGCUCCCCGAAAACUCCAAGAGGUUCCUGGUCAGCCACUGCGUCCUGGCCUCACAGGGCUUCACCUCUGGCAAGGGCUACUGGGAGGUGGAGGUGGGCCAGAAGGACACCUGGGACCUGGGCCUGGUCAGCGAGACGGUCAACAGGAAGGGCAAGGUCAAAGGGGUGCCCGGGGCCGGGCACUGGAGCCUGAGCCACCUCGGCGAGACGGAAUACCAGGCGGUGGACUCACCGCCCAGGUCCCUGGCACUGCGCCGGAACCCGACUGUGGUGGGGGUGUACCUCAACUACGAGCAGGGGCAGGUGUCCUUCUUCGAUGCGGGGAGCCGGCUGCACUUGUACACCUUCACCGUCAGCUUCAGCGGGAGGCUGCACCCCUUCUUCUGCCCGGGGUUACACGACUGGCAGAAGAACUCCGAACCCCUUCGCCUGCGCAAUCCCAAGGCAUCGAGCUCGGAGCCAGGGUGGAGAGACUGGGAUCGAGACACGCGAGGUUGAGGGUCGGUGGGGUGGGGGUGGGGUGAUGGGAUGAUGGGGUUUGCGAGGAUGGAUACAUUUCUCAGCUCUUGCGAAAGGCGAAUGCGGCACUGAGCUAGGCAAAGUGAAGAGGCCAGAGGCCCAUGAUCCCAACCCCAAUCUUUAUUUUAUUCCUUCGUGAGAUGUGAGCGUCGCUGGCAAGGCCAGCAUUUGUCCCUCAUCCCUAAUGGCCCUUGAACGGAGUAUCUUGCUCGGCCAUUUCAGAGGGCAGUUAAGAGUCAACCACGUUGCUGUGGGGUUUGUGGAGUCACACCUAGGCCAGACCGGAUAAGGACGGCAGAUUUCCUUCCCCUAAAGGACAUUAACAAACCCUUUUAGUGGAUUUUUACAACAUCUGAUGAUAGUCGUCAUGGGGAAUGUCACUAACUAGCUUUCAAUUCUGGGUUUUACUCAUUGAAUUUAAAUUCCACCAGCUGCCAUGCUGGGAUUUGAACCCGUGUCACCCACAGCGUUAGCCUGGGCUCCUGGAGGGUCUCUUGUCUCCCUCCAUUCAUCUGUGCAGGACAGGGAGGUCCCAGGUCCCGGUCCCUUCCACAACUUCAUAUGCAGUAAGCUACUACAACAACCUGCAUUUACAUAGCCUCUUUAGUGCAAUGAAACAUCCCAAGAUGCUUCACUGAAGGGUGAUCCAAUAGCAUCUGAUCCUGAGCUACUUCUGGACAUAUGAGGUCAAGUGACCCAAAGCUUGGUCAGGGAUAAGUUCUAAGCAGCAUCUCAGCCAAGCUGCACCCAAGUAUCUCAUCCUUGUUUGCAAACUACCUCCCCCCACCACCCCGGCCUCGCUCUGUCACCCUCUGAGAUCUCCGCACUCCUCCAAUGCCUUGAUUUCAAUCGCGCCAUCAUUGGCGGCCGUGCUUUCAGCUGCUUGGAUCCUAAGCUCUGGAAUUCUCUCCCUAAACUUCCCCGCCUCUCUUUCCCUCCUUUAAGCCCUACCCGAAACCUACCCCUCCGACCAGUCUUUUGAAAUCACCUGCCCUGAUAUCUCCUCACAUCACCCCGUGUCAGCUAGCUGCCCGGUUUAUACUGUCAUGAAGUGCUUCGAGGUAUUCUAACUGUGGUAAAGGUAUGGCUGAAAUUCAAGUUGUUCACUAAUGCUGCAGGUAUUGUGAAAUAUGUAUUUUGUUUGUGAUGAGAGGUCUUGUGGCACAAUGGGCAGCCUCCCUACCUCUGAGCCAGAAGCUUCAGGUUCGAGUCCCGCUUGAUGGCUGAACAGAUUAAUUAUCAGCCUGUGAAUCCUUCCAAUACGCCUGAUGGCCAGCGGUAAGGGCGGGAGAGUUUCCUGGUCGGCCAUACUACAGGAAGUAAUGGCCAAUGGAAAGUCAAUGGUCGCCAUUCCCCUCGGGUGGUACCUGGGGGAGGAUAGUUUGUGACAGGCUCUUGGCUGAUACUUUCACCCCAGCAAUGCUGAUGCAUGAUGGGAAUCCACAUCAGAUGUUUCUCCCACAUUGCCUGCCUGCUAAAUUUAAUGCUGGAAGACGGUGGGUCAGGAGGAGAGUUCCUGGCCUGCUCCUGGAGUGUUGGUGCAAACCCCUGGCCUGGGUCUGGGAAGUGGAGCACAGCUGGACCUGUGUCGUUCUGUAACAGGCUGAGAGAGAGAGAGAGAGAGCGAGCCAGUGAUUCGAAGCCAGUCAUGAGGUUUCACACAAUGGACACACGUUCAUUCUUGGUGCCCUUCCUAAUCCAACUUAGGUGGAAGGCUUCAGAGGCCUACUGAAAACAAGCCCCCACCACCAACACCCACCCCACCCCUCCAACCCCCACUAACAAAAGGAGGAUAGAACUGAAGGCAUGACCACAGUUUUCUCGAUCAAAGAUUUCACUCUACACAUUUAACCUGAGUGCGUUCUCUGUAAAUAUUAGCCAAUUCAGAACAGGGGCCAUUCAGCCCAUUAUGUUUGUGCUUGCUCCUCCCAUUCAAGCUCUCUCUCUGAUCCCAUUUCCUAAUAACCACCAACGCCUCCUUUUCAAGUACUGCUACAGUCCGCAACUAGUGAAGAAGUUGAUGGUAAUGGUCACUUGUGUUAGCAGAAUUAAUAGCCUAAUGACCCUUUCCAGGCAAGAUUCUCUUCAGGACUCCCCCUAGCCACCUGCCACCACCCCCCCAACUCCCCCCCACCCCCCCCCCCACCACCGAGUUUUAAAUAUGGAGGGUUUCUGCCCCAGCUAAAGGCAGUGCGAAAUAAUCCUACCUGAUUUACCCUCUUCAGCCCUUCUGCAAUCUGGAAAACCUCAAUUAGACACCAGAAUACCCAUUACACAUCUCCUUCGGUUGACCAGAGUUUAUUUAAUUGUUUGAAAAUGUUCUCAGGAAUAAGCUCCUUAAACAGUUCUCCAAAAUUACCAGGUUUCCCUCUUUGUUAAAGGGCUCAAACUUCCCUUGUUGGGUUGCGCUGGCUAAAGGAGAGUUUGUUUGUACAGUUUCAGCCUUGUUUUCUGACAGGUGCUGUUUCACAUUGGCAUGAGCUCAGUGACCUCUUGUAAAUAAACAGCCGCUGUGCAUAGUUGGCGAGUGAA